AUGUCCAGCUUACAGCCAGCCCAUAAAGGGAUCUUGGUUCUACUCGGGAUCGCCCUAGUUUUCUUCUACUUCCAGGGAAGCUCAGACUAUGGUGCAUCCUCCACCUUAAAGCAUCGCACAAAGGUAUACAGACGAUGUGUUACACCACGCACUAUCGCUCUCACUUAUGACGAUAAUCCUAAUGAGGGGAUAUACGACCUCUUGGCGCUCUUGAAGAGCUACAACGCAACAGCGACGUUUUUUCCAAAUGCUCCGCACCAUUACCAUACAGUGAAGCUGGAUAAAUACGUCCAAGCUGCAUAUAAAUCUGGGCAUCAAAUUGGACUCCACACGUGGGACCAUAUCAACCUAGAUGAGGCUGGCCGUGACAAGGCGUUGGAUAAUAUUGAAAAGAUGAAUGCAUGGCUGUAUGAUGUGAUUGGAUCUAGAUCCAGUUUCGUCAGGCCUCCUUAUGGCGCAUGUGAAAUUGAUUGCAGAAUGACCCUGAAUGACAAUGGGUACAGCAUUAUACAGUGGAACAUGGACACAAUGGACUGGAUCUUUGGAAAGGAUGACAAAUAUGAGUCCACCAUUGAGAUCAUCAAGAGCUGGGUACGCAAUCAGCCUAACAUCGAUAAGGACGACUAUGCAGGACCUAUCGUCUUGAUGCAUGGCCGUUACCAUACAAGCGCCACAGUUGUAACGCAACACCUAUUGGAUCUCUUUACCUCUAAGGGUUUUAAAUUUGUAUCUAUUUCGGAAUGUUUGGGCUUUGAUAGACAGUAG